AUGGAGCCAAAGCACAAAGAGUUGCUAGACCAGUGCCACCAGAACUUAUUGGAGUCCAUAACAGAUGCGGACCGAGUGAUCGAGCUGCUGAUAGUUUCUGGUACCUUGAGUCAGCUCGAUAGGUUUGAACUGGACCAGAACUGUUCGUCCAGCGCCGAGAAAGUAGACCACCUUUUGAAGAUGCUGAUGAACAAGGAGAGCGACCAUUUCCUCGACCUGUGUGUGGCCCUGGAGAAGGCAUACCCUGACCUGUAUACUGCCCUGUUCAGCAACAACGGCGGAGGACCUGUGGACCACACCACCGGUUCCACAUACAGCGUUCUCUCCACUAUGCCCUCUGACUCAGAAAGCAGCAGCUCCCUCAGUAGUGUCGGUUCGCCCGUUAACGGUGAAGCAUCCUCCCCACCCCCAGCGAUCAACGACAACCGGCCUUCCGGCGACAACCUGGACACCAUCUUGUUCCAGCUCCGCCAGGUGACCAGGGAGAGGGACGAGCUCCGUAAGCGUCUGGCGUUGGCAUCGCCCGGGACCACCUUCGACGACUGCAGGCCAAAUUCCAAAGCCAGCCAUGACUAUGAACGUCUGAAAAGUCAGUGCAUGAGGGCCAUGGCAGACCUGCAGUCUCUCCAGAACCAGCACACCAAAACACUCAAGAGGUGCGAGGAGGCUGUAAAAGAGGCCGACUUCUACCACAUGCUGCACAGCCGCGUCUUGGGCGAACAGACACAGCUGAAGGAGGAGAUGGAGACUCUCCGGAGGGACAACGCCCAACUUGUCCGAGAGCACAACCACCUAAAACAGAACUGCGAGGAGCUCAAACGACUGCACAGCCAAGACCAGCAAGAGUUAGCGGACCUCCUGCUGCAGCAACAACAGGUAAUGAGAGAGAAGGGCUCAUCAGAGGUGUUAAACAAACUGUAUGACACAGCUAUGGACAAGCUGGAGGGGGUAAAGAAGGAGUACGACGCCCUGAGCCAGCGCUACAGUGAGAAGGUGGCUAACCAUAACACGGACCUGAGCCGCCUGGAGCAGGCCGAGGAGGAGAACCGGAGGCUGCAGAAGCAGAUGGACGCGCUGCUCAAACAGCGAGACUCGGCCAUGCACUACCAGCAGCAGUACUCCACGUCGAUGAGGAGGUUUGAUUCAGUGCAGCAGGAGCUGAACAAGUCGUCAGCGCAGAACAAGGAGCUGCAGAGGGAGAUGGAGCGGCUGCAGUCGGAGGUGACGCGCUACAAGAACUUGCAGCUGAAGGCAGCCAAAGACUGCGAGAAGUACAAGGAGGAGAGGGACUCGGUGUUCAACGAGUAUCGUCUCAUCAUGAGUGAGAGGGACCAGGUGAUCAAGGAGCUGGACAAGCUGCAGACGGAACUGGAGGCAGCGGAGGCCCGGCUAAAAAACACCUCCUCAGAGAGAGUGGUGGCCAGCGAGGAGUUGGAGGCACUCAGACAGGAGUUGAACUCGUCACUGGUGGACCGCGACAGGGCCAUCUGCGAGAGGAACGAGCUGCUGGAGAAGUACUGCCACGAGGUCAAGGACAAGGCCGAGGCUCAGAAGGAGCUGAGCCAGGCCUGCAAGGACAUCGAGAUGGUCCGGGAGGAGAGGGACGUGGCCCGCAAGGAGAGGACGGAGGCCAUCAUUCAAAGGGAUCAGCUGCUCCGAGAGUACUAUCAGGCCAGACAGAAACAAGACUCUGCCACCCUGGACAUGGAGCGAGCCAAUAAGGAGAUCGAGAUGCUGAGGAAACAGUAUGAAGCCAUGUCCCAGGAACUGAAGGAGGCCACACAGGAGGCGGAAGUGGCCAAAUGUCGACGGGACUGGGCCUUUCAAGAGCGGGACAAAAUAGUGGCAGAGAGGGAGAGCAUAAGGACUCUGUGUGAUAACCUGCGGCGAGAGAGGGACCGGGCAGUCAGCGAUCUGGCCGAUGCCCUGCGGAAUCUGGACGAUAUGAGGAAACAGAAGAACGAUGCGCUGCGAGAGCUCAAAGAACUGAAGGAGAAGAUGGAGAGCCAGCUGGAGAAGGAGGCCCGGUUCUGUCAGCUAAUGGCCCACAGCUCUCACGACUCAGCCAUCGACACAGACUCCCUGGAGUGGGAGACAGAGGUGGUGGAGUUUGAGAAGGACAGGGACGACAUGGAUUUGAAGGCACUUGGGUUUGAUAUCGCCGAGGGGGUAAAUGAUCCCUAUUUACCGGGAGAUUGUGGAAUAUUCGUUACAAGGGUGGACAAAGGAAGUAUCGCAGAUGGAAGGUUAAGAGUGAAUGACUGGUUGUUGAAGAUUAAUGACAUGGACCUGACCAAUAAGGACAGGAAGCAGGUGGUGAAGGCUGUCCUCAAUGGUGGCGGAUUGAUCAACAUGGUGGUACGAAGAAGGAAGUCUCUGGGAGGAAGGCUCGUCACUCCUGUCCACAUCAACCUUGUGGGACACAAAGACAGCGGUAUUGGUCUGGAGAGCGGCGUGUUUGUCACUGCACUCGUCCAGGGCAGUCCAGCAGCAAGGGAAGGCUCUCUCACAGUUGGAGACAGACUGAUUGCUAUAAAUGGCAUUGCUCUGGAUAACAAAUCUGUGACCGAGUGUGAGGCUCUGCUGAGGAGCUGCAGGGACUCUCUUAGCCUCUCUCUCAUGAAGUUCUUCCCUCACAGCACAUCAGGCCAAAACAUCUUUGAGAGUCUGCGUGAGUCAUCGGAGAAAUCCAACGGGCGCAUUCACCUGUCUGAGAUUCACUCCCGGAACAGCCGCAACCUGAAACACAACAGCUCGACACAGACCGACAUCUUCUGCCCGGAUGUCGGAAGCACCAGCACAAGUAGCAUCUCUGUGGAGCGGAGGAAGAUCAGAGGUGAAUCUGAUGAGGUGUACUGCGAAAUGAGCAAGCCCUACUCCACAGGUUCCCUCCAUGCCACUAGCCUUCGGCCGGCCUCUGACUUGGGCACUGGCCGCUACGGGCCCAGUGCUUUCCAAGAGUGCUGUCCCUACACAAAGGCGCCUUCCUCCCUGCCCUUUGACCCUGUCUCUGCCUCAGACUGCAUCACAAUGGAGACAACCCUGGAGAAGAAGCACAGCGGGGGCACGUGGCCCAAGAUGAUGGUGGGAGGUAUGUCGGUGGCACCAGAUAACACCAGUCCAGUCACAGCAGCAGCCCAGCUCUCCAUCUACAAAUCGCCCAAGCAGAGGAAGUCCAUCUUCGACCCAGACACUUUCAAGCGCCCCGAAACACCUUCCUUCUCUAAGAUGGAGUACUUGGCAGCCAAUCAGAUUGCGGCAGUAGCCGCUGCAGCUGCUGCAGCGGCCCACUCCCCGCAACCUUCCAAGACAGAGUCCUUCUCCUCAUCAUCCACCCCUACUCCAAUCCCCCCAACCCCACCCACUCGCAGUGACUCCUUUAAGUUCAAACACAAACAUCAAAGCAGCUCUGCCUCUGACUGCACGAUCACCUCAGACGGCAAGGGAGAGGCUGCCAUCUCCAUGGCAGCAGGAGAGAGGAGCGAGCGAGAGAGAGACAGGAAUGGAAACCACUAUUUCCUGGACGGCAAGGUCCUGACCUCCAGGAAGUCGUGUGAUGAGGACAUCGGCCGAACCAGAGGGGAGGAGCCAGAAGUGAAGAGGCCGCGCCCUAAAUCUGCCCCCGCCCUUCGACGUAGGAUGACCCCCCAGAACAUCACUCUUCCCUCCUUCCAAAGCUACUCUAACGAUGAGCAUUCACCAGAGCCCAGGGACAUGCUGCGUUCCUCCCCCAGCCGCUCCCACAGGCACAGCGUUGGCUUCGUCCCUACAGUCUACAAUGGCAGCCUACCUCCGAAUUCAGCCCAUAGGGGUCUGUCUCCUUGCCCCGCUGUGACGGCCGUGAUGAGGAAUCCCGUGUACACAGUGCGCAGUCACCGCGUUCACACCAGUAACUGUCCAUCUGUCGCCUCCCAGAUAUGUCACCAGCACACCCACACCAGCCCUCAACACCAGGGUCGUCUGAGCCUGGACCUGAGCCAGCAGAAGCGCACGAGUGACUUCUCUGAAUCCUCAUCGUCACGCAGCAGCAGAGCUUCACACGGUACAAACUCACUGCCCUCCAGCGCACGACUCGGUUCUUCCAAUAAUGUCCAGUACCGCACGGAGAGGAUCAAAAUCCCUUCCACUCCUCGCUACCCUCGCUCCAUGCUGGGGUCAGACAGAGGCUCCCUCUCGCACUCUGAGUGUAGCAGUCCCAGCCUCAUCACACCUCCACAAUCGCCACUCAAUCUGGAGACUUCCUCGUUUGCCAGCAGCCAAUCUCAAGGCUCCAUUUCCACUUUACCUCGGAUCUCAGUCAGCCCUUUGCCAAUAGGGGAGCGCAGGAAAGACAGGCCAUACUUGGAGGAACCCCGCAAUGUCAUUCUGCACAAAGGCGCGGAGCCUCUGGGCAUCUCCAUCGUCAGUGGGGAGAACGGAGGCAUCUUUGUCUCUAAAGUCACAGGAGGUAGCAUCGCCCACCAGGCAGGCUUGGAGUACGGAGACCAAUUACUGGAGUAUAAUGGGAUCAACUUGCGGAACGCGACGGAGCAGCAAGCUCGUCUGAUCAUCGGCCAGCAGUGUGACACCAUCACCAUUAUGGCCCAGUACAACCCACACAUGUACCAGCUGGGAAACCACUCUCGCUCCAGCUCCCGUCUGGAGCCAGUCAGCACUCAGUCGACUCCCCAGGGGAGCGGAGCCGCCACCCCCGACAAUCACUCCACCAUCGAUACACUCAGCGAACAGGACGAGGGCACGCUCACUCCUUCCUCCAAGCAGACCACGCCCAAUACCAGUCCCCACAACUUCAUCAGAAUGCCGUCUGAGGGCAGCAGGAAGGCGGUUGAGCCGCGGCUUGUGACGGUGCGCAGGCCCGGCGUGGAGGUGGGAGUCACACUCUGCGGCGGAAACCUUCGGGGCGUUUACAUAGAGAGCCUGGAUGAGGACAGUCCUGCCAGAGGCCCCGAUGGGCUGCUUCCUGGGGACCUCAUCCUCGAGUACAACUCUGUGAAUAUGAAGAAUAAGACGGCAGAAGAGGUGUACGUGGAGAUGCUGAAGCCUGCGGAGACGGUCACAUUAAAGGUGCAGCAUCGGCCAGAUGACUUCAGCACACUCAAAGAUGUUCCAGGAGAUGGCUUCUACAUUAGAGCACUUUACGACCGGGUGGGGGAGGCCGAGGGGGACCUCAGUUUCAAGAAGGAUGACAUCCUGUACGUGGAUGAGUCUUUACCAAAGGGCAGCUUUGGGACGUGGAUGGCCUGGCAGCUAGAUGAGAAUGCACAGAAGAUCCAGAGGGGCCAGAUCCCCAGCAAGUACAUGAUGGACCAAGAGUUCUACCGCAGACACAGUGUGACAGAAAUGAAGGACGACUCCAGUAAGACGCUCUCUGCAGCGGCUCGCAGAUCCUUCUUCAGGAGGAAACAGAAACACAAACGCAGCAGCUCCAAAGACAGCAAAGAGAUGGUGGCUCUGGACGCCAUCAGCACGGACUCCAUCCCCUUCCUUGACGACUGUGUGAGCCUGGCAUACCAGCGGGUCCAGAAGGUGGAGUGCACCUCUCCCCGGCCCGUACUCGUCCUAGGGCCGCUCACUGACGCCGUAAAGGAGAUGCUGGUCAAAGAGUCUCCUGGGAAGUUCUGCAGAUGUGUACUGGAGGUGAUGAAGGCAUCCCAGCAAGCCAUCGAGCGGGGCGUCAAAGACUGCCUCUUCAUCGACUACAAGCGCAGGAGCGGCCAUUUCGACGUGACCACUGUUGCUUCUAUAAAGGAAAUAACCGAGAAGGGCUGUCACUGUUUGCUCGACAUUGCCUCGCACGCCAUCGAAAGGCUCCACAGCGUUCACAUUUAUCCAAUUGUUGUUUUUGUCCGCUACAAAAACGCAAAGCAGAUCAAAAAAGAUUUCUCUCCCAAGACGCUCUCUGGCAAAAUAAUUAACAGGGAGCAGAAAGAUCCAGUUUAUCUGCGGGACAAAGUAUCUCAAAAACAUUCCAAGGAGCAAUUUGAAAGUGCGCAGAAGAUAGAGCAAGAGUACAGCAAAUUCUUCACAGGUAUUGUCCAAGGCGGCACCCUCCCCUACAUUUGCACUCAGAUCAUGACUAUAGUUGAUCAAGAACAAAGUAAAGUCCUGUGGACUCCACUCGGCUGCCCCUAGAGGAGACCGGCUGCCACUACAGCAAGCUGCGGCUUUCAUCUCCAUUCCCCAAACACUAAUUAACUCUUUCACACCAUACCAAUAGGUACACUACAGUGAGCUAGUUAUGUAAAUUAUUGAUAUUUUUUUAUUUUGUCUUUGUCUUGAUUUAUAAUCAGAGCCUCCAUUUAUUUCUGAUGUGCUCCGGAGCAGGUUAGUAGCACUGGAUCUCGGCGUCAAAAGUUCAGUCAGUCUUCCCUAAGGGUUUCUGGUGGUGUAUUUGUAAUGCUGCAUUGUAAGCGUCCGUUUACAAAAGAUGAGUCUGACUAUUGGUGUUCAAUAUUUGCUUGAAUGUGUGUGUGUGUGUGUGUGUGUGUGUCCGUGUGUCCCACCCCCACCCCCCCUCCUGUGUACACAAACCUCAACACUAAUGAAGUUCAGCCAGCCCCCUGACCCUCCCAUGUACCAAAUGACAUUUGUGGUUUCCCUACAAUUAUGCACCCAUUUGACGACGACUGACAACUAAUUGUGUGUGUUUGUGUUUUGUUCGUGAGCGAGAGAGCGAGAGAGAGCGAGAGAGAGCGAGAGAGAGCGAGAGAGAGAGAGAGCGAGAGAGAGCGAGAGAGAGAGAGAGAGAGAGAGAGAGCGAAAACAUUGAGACUGUUGUUCAAAAUUGUAUUGACCAUGUCAGUUUAAUCAUGGUUGUUUUGUUAGCAUGAAUACGAUGCUAUAGAAAUGGAAUGCCAGGAUCAGACAUCACAUUCCUCGUGGUGUUUCAUCACAAACGUGCAAAAGCAUCAAACCUCUUGAAGUAUGUAGCUGUGGUUUUACUGAACCUGACUGCCAGCAGUGACGGCCAUGAACACUCAAAACGCAUCGAUGUUUGCUCUAUGCAUUGUGUUUGUAUAGCAGCUGGGUGUACUGUGGACAGUUUAUGGGCCUUUUCGGAAGUGCCUUCGGAGAAGAAGCCUGAUCUGAAACCAGCCCCUGGUCACAUAGACGACAGAUUAUUUUUUUUUGUUGUUGAAAGUUUCUCUUUUGAGAUCCAAUGCAUCGCUUCACCCAUCAUGGACUCGAUGACUUCAGGGGCUGAUUUGAGACCAGUGAAGUGUAGAGCGCAUGACAAUGGUGAGGUUUUGAGGGUAGGCCGAAGCGGCAGCCAACGGGUUAACUCCUCAGAAUGCACUCCAGGGCUAGACAGACCACUGUGUAACUAUCUAUCUCUAACAUAUAUUUAACAACAAUAUAGAGUAUAACAUAUACAGUAUGCAGAUACAACAGAAAAAAAAGAAACAUAUAUAUAAAUAUAUAUUACAUGUAUUUUCACUAGGCCAUAUGCCUAGGAACGUCUGGCGGUCAAGUCUUAGCAGGUAUUAGCAUGUUUUUAAAAAAGAAUUUAUUUUUGUUUUCCUUGUGGUUGGUUGUCGGUCACUUAUCGAUGUACUCAUUAAAAGAGACACUAUGAAGCAAAAUUUGCAGGGUAAUAUCUUAAAGGAUUUUCCUCUGCUCUGUUUAAAUGUUAGUGACUUUUCAUUGUUAUUUAAUUGUAUUUUUUAUUCAGGAGGCAAACGAUAUUGACAAAAAAUAUUCUGUCCUUCCUCGAAACCAUAUCCUGUAUCUAAUUGUGCCAAAAUCCACUAAGGCAACUUUAUCCUUUUAUUUCUGUUUUGCACUUGUUUAUCUGUUAAACCUUAAACAUGUAACUGUUCCUAGGUUUCCAGUAGACUACGAAUAGGUACUAUAAUUUCUACUGUAACUAAUUCACGUUUUUAUCUAUCACAUCAGUUCCUUACAUUGAUGGCCUUUUAUUCUUAAUUAGAACAAAAGGAUUCUUAUUUGAAUUAUUAAAAAGGGAUCUAUUCUUGCACAGUUUUUCAAAGGAAAAUUGGUCCACAAGUUUGACUAUUGGGCUAAAAGAGUAAGCGGAAGCAAACUGUAAUGUUACUAUUUUUCUGAGUAGAUAGCAUAUGUUAGAGAGAGAAAGCAGGAUGCAACGUGAAAUGGUUGUAUUUUUAGAAAGAGUCUAGAUGCCAGGUACUGAUUGAACUUUUCUUUUAUUAAAAAGAAUGUGAUUUGUAUGUUGAGACAUUAACAUGAGAAUAAAACUCAUUUUCUGUAUCACAA